AUGUUCCCGGACACGGCGCAGUUCACUUCUGGCGUGGUGUUAUCCAGCUCUUCCAUUUCACUGAAGUGGACCAACGUUGAAUCGGCGGACCACUAUUACCUGGUGGUCUUCUCCCAGAGCGGGACGAAGCUCAACCUGACCCAGACCACUACCUCUGCUGUGGUCGACGCUCUGAAGCCGUCCACCAACUUCGACUGCUAUGUCUACACCGCCAACAGGGCUGGGGUGGGAUUCCCCAGCAAAGUGCGCACCCUGACCACACUGGUGCAGCCUCCAGACAACAUCACGGCGGUGCAGACCGGCCGCAGCGAGGCCAAGGUGAGCUGGGACCCCGUGGACGACGUGCUCAUGUACCUGGUGCGCAUUCGAGAGGCUGACGACCCGGCAGCCGCUCACAGGAGAUACAAUGUCACCAACACUCAGAUCCACUUGGACCAGAUCCAGCCCUGCUCCGAGUAUCUCAUCCAGAUCUCCUCAUACAACAUGUUCCUGGUGCCCAGCGAGCCCCGCGACUUCCUCUACAUGACCAACACAUUGAACCCGGUCCAGACUGUGUCGGUGGACUACGCCUGCGACACAGGCUCGGUUACUGUCUGGUGGAUGCCCGUGCAAGGAGCCGACUCGUACAAGGCCCAAGCAGUGACCCCUGGAGAAGCAUCACUUCUCUGCACGGGCACCUUCAGCAGCUGCAUCAUCACCGGAGUGAGCUGCGGCAGGACCUACGAGGUGCACGUCACGCCCAUCUCGGACAACUGCGAGAACCAAGUGAACUCCACCUUCGCCAUCUUUCACUCAGACUUAUGGGGCGUUCAGACUUAUGGGGCGUUCAGACUUAUGGGGCAUUCAGACUUAUGGGGCAUUCAGACUUAUGGGGGCGUUCAGACUUAUGGGGCGUUCAGACUUAUGGGGCGUUCAGACUUAUGGGGCAUUCAGACUUAUGGGGCAUUCAGACUUAUGGGGCGUUCAGACUUAUGGGGGCGUUCAGACUUAUGGGGCGUUCAGACUUAUGGGGCGUUCAGACUUAUGGGGGCGUUCAGACUUAUGGGGCGUUCAGACUUAUGUGGCGUUCAGACUUAUGGGGCGUUCAGACUUAUGGGGCGUUCAGACUUAUGGGGCAUUCAGACUUAUGGGGCGUUCAGACUUAUGGGGCGUUCAGACUUAUGGGGCGUUCAGACUUAUGGGGCGUUCAGACUUAUGGGCGUUCAGACUUAUGUGGCGUUCAGACUUAUGGGGCGUUCAGACUUAUGGGGCGUUCAGACUUAUGGGGCAUUCAGACUUAUGGGGCAUUCAGACUUAUGGGGCGUUCAGACUUAUGGGGCAUUCAGACUUAUGGGGCGUUCAGACUUAUGGGGCGUUCAGACUUAUGGGGCGUUCAGACUUAUGGGGCGUUCAGACUUAUGGCGCCGUUCAGACUUAUGGGGGUUCAGACUUAUGGCGUUCAGACUUAUGGGAGUUCAGACUUACGUGGCGUUCAGACUUACGGGGCGUUCAGACUUACGGGGCGUUCAGACUUACGGGGCGUUCAGACUUACACGGGGCGUUCAGACUUACGGGGCGUUCAGACUUACGGGGCGUUCAGACUUACGGGGCGUUCAGACUUACGGGGCGUUCAGACUUACACGGGGCGUUCAGACUUACGUGGCGUUCAGACUUACGGGGCGUUCAGACUUACGUGGCGUUCAGACUUAUGGGGCGUUCAGACUUAUGUGGCGUUCAGACUUACGGGGCAGGGCGUUCAGACUUAUGGGGCGUUCAGACUUACCCGGGGCGUUCAGACUUACGUGGCGUUCAGACUUACAUGGCGUUCAGACUUGUGUGGCGUUCAGACUUACACGGGGCGUUCAGACUUACGUGGCGUUCGGACUUACGGGGCGUUCAGACUUACGGGGCGUUCAGACUUACGGGGCGUUCAGACUUACGGGGCGUUCAGACUUACGUGGCGUUCAGACUUACGGGGCGUUCCGACUUACGUGA